AUGACGCGGCUAGCGAAAAACCCUAUACUCAUCCACACGACUUCCGACUGCCAAGCCCUCGGUGGUAGAUUGCAGAAGGCGACCCACUCCAGCGCACCACAGGAUGGCCCUGCUUGGGAGGCACAUGCUUUGUGGGGCCGCUCCAUAAGCGAUUUAUUAGCAUGUACAGGAAAUAUUUUCCUUAUCAGCGCCAGGAUUUGCAGCCAAAGUACGAAACUUUUGCGGAGGUCACCCUGGUCGUCGAGGCCCCUGGCACUACCCGAGCCAGGCAGGGCCUUACUGCCCCUCCGCGUCCAGAGGUUCUGCCCAUGGAGGGAAAACCCUACUGGAGGGCCUCCUCGUGAAAUCGAUCGCGUGCUGGUUGAUGAGCACUUGACGUCUUGCAGCGCCUGCGUCACCGGCAAACGGAUGCCACCACUCAAAGAUGAUCCUUUGUGCCCUCGAUGCUUCUUUGGUUUGUUCAUAAAACCACGCAAGCCAUGCCUCUUACGUCUCAUCCCAUGCAAGGGUUCUGGCCAGCCGUCUGCCCCACCGUCUUCCGCACUGGCAGACAGCCCGGCCUUAGCACGCUGGAGGGACCUGCAGUACCUCAAAAAAGUCGCUGGGGAAGAAUCCGUCGACGUGGAGGUUCGGGAUCCGCAAGGGUCCCACACCUUUGGCAUGGGGCAGUAUCAGCAGAUGCCCUUCAAGGAAAUUAUCAAGAGACUUACAGAAGGAGACGCCUCUUUGUACGUCACCACUCAGCGGAUUGCUAGCGACAGAUAUGGUCCUAAGGCGCUCUGCGGUCCUCCGCUCUGUGGAGCUUUGUCGUGCGAUUUCCCUGUAAAUCCGACAAUUGCAGGCAACCUAGUGCCCUCCCAGUUCAACAUAUGGAUGGGGCACAGCCGGCAUGGCAGCAGCAGCGGCCUCCACCACGAUUUCCAUGAUAACUUCUACUGUCUUUUAAGGGGGCGGAAAGAGUUUCGGCUGUACAGCCCUGGCCUCUCUGAGCUCCUGCCGACGCAUGGCAUGGCGAAGCCCUCCAAUAUGCCGAAGCUUCACCCCAACGGACUUAUAUCCUAUUUGAAGGGCAUUCGUCAGGACGGUGCGCAUGAACUAGCCGUCCUCCGGACCCGCCAGCUCACCCUGGAACAAAAGGCCAGCGAUUUGCGCGCACUCCUAAAUCAGCGCGAGGGGGCUAUGUCUGCAGCUCCGGCGCACUGCAAGAGCUUUCGCGAGCUAGACAAGGAAGUCAAGGAACUUAAUCAUAUGUUGAGCCAGGUGGAGGCAGAGCUUGACGAUUGCCUCGAGGCGGCACUUGACGCAGUCGCUGACGACACAGAUGUGGAGGACGACGAAUCCGUGUCGGAAGAUAGCGAGCUGAUGGAAGGACGUCUAGUGGGAAAAGGAGCAUUUCCAGAUCAUUUUUGUCUUAGAGGGACUCGGAAGGCGGCCGCAACUUCGUGGGAGGGGCCUUCAAGUGCCACCAAUGCGAGGGAAAGGUUCUGGAGUGUAUGGGUGGAGGAAGGAGAUAUUCUCUACCUUCCUGCUAGUUGGUUCCACGAGGUGUUCUCUUACUCAAAGAGCAACAAUGGCAAGACAGGGGAUGCAGAUUAUGCUGGAGUCUGCGAAGCUAAUGUGCACUUGGCACUUAAUAUUUGGCUGCACCCUCCCGCUUCAGAUGGCACGUUUGAAGAGCCUUAUCCCGAUAGGUUCUGGGCCCAGCAUGCUGCUCCGCAAAUCGAAAAACAGAAGGCAGUGUCAGCUAUUGCUGGAGCGUUCACCAAACAGACCCCGACUUCUGAUUCACAGCAGCAAGGCAGCACGGUAAACAGCAACAAUCCCUUCGCUGGAAGUGGUGUAGAGGACAUUCGAUGGGGGCAAUCUGUGCAUAUUCCAUGUGCCUCCAGUAAGGCACUGAAAGUAAGCUCCCCGCCACCGCGAGGCUGCAAGAACCCCAAGGCUGGAUAUUCAGCUUCUGCUUCACCUGUGAGGAAUCCAGAAAAGCGUCGCAAGCCUAGACGCACACCACUUUCUACUCUGUGUGCUGUUACAUUCAAGGAAUUGGCAUAUUUUGAUGCAGGAUCAUCUGACAGAUCUAUCUGUGCUCAUGAUGCCGCAAUCAGCAAGCCAUCUUCUACUCCCGAAAAUUUAACAAUAUACCUGCAUCUUUCAUGCGGCUGA